CCCCCCCCCCCCUGUGACCCCACCCUGACACCCAGCAACCCUCCGUCCUCAGCAUGAACGACAUCGGUGUGGUCAGAGAGGGCUGGCUCCAUAAGAGGGGAGAGUACAUUAAGACGUGGAGGCCGCGGUACUUCAUCCUGAAGAGCGAUGGCUCCUUCAUCGGCUACAAGGAGAAACCAGAGAUGUCGUCCGACCACAGCCUCCCACCCCUCAACAACUUCUCUGUGGCAGAGUGCCAGCUGAUGAAGACAGAAAGGCCCAGGCCCAACACGUUUGUCAUCCGCUGCCUACAGUGGACCACAGUCAUAGAGCGCACCUUCCACGUGGAGAGUAAAGAAGAAAGGGAGGAAUGGAUGAGGGCGAUCCAAGCGGUGGCCAACGGCCUGAAGAUGCGAGAGGAAGAGGCGCCCAUGGACGUCACGUUUGGCUCCCCCAGCGACUGCAGCAGCAUGGAGGAGAUGGAGGUGGCCAUGUCCAAGUCCCGCAACAAAGUGACCAUGAGUGACUUUGACUACCUGAAGCUGCUAGGGAAGGGAACGUUUGGUAAGGUGAUCCUGGUGAAGGAGAAGGCCACAGGAAUGUACUACGCCAUGAAGAUCCUGAGGAAAGAAGUCAUCAUCGCUAAGGAUGAGGUAGCACACACGGUAACAGAAAGCAGAGUCCUUCAGAAUACAAGGCAUCCCUUCUUAACGACACUGAAAUACGCGUUCCAAACACAUGACCGGCUAUGCUUUGUGAUGGAAUAUGCAAACGGAGGAGAGCUGUUCUUUCACUUGUCGCGAGACCGUGUGUUCACAGAAGACCGGGCACGGUUCUACGGUGCGGAGAUUGUGUCUGCGCUGGAGUAUCUCCACUCACAGGACGUUGUCUACAGAGACCUUAAGCUGGAGAACUUAAUGCUGGAUAAAGAUGGACACAUAAAGAUCACAGAUUUUGGACUGUGUAAAGAGGGAAUCACAGAUGGGGCUACCAUGAAGACCUUUUGUGGGACUCCAGAAUACCUUGCACCUGAGGUAUUAGAGGACAAUGACUACGGCCGAGCGGUGGACUGGUGGGGUCUGGGUGUGGUCAUGUAUGAGAUGAUGUGCGGUCGACUGCCCUUUUACAACCAGGACCACGAGCGGUUGUUUGAGCUCAUUCUCAUGGAGGAGAUCCGCUUCCCCAAGAACCUGGCCCCCGAAGCCAAGGCCCUGCUUGCUGGCCUGCUCAAAAAGGACCCCAAGCAGAGGCUUGGAGGUGGACAAGAAGAUGCCAAAGACGUGAUGACUCAUAUGUUCUUCACCACCAUCAACUGGCAGGAUGUGGUAGAGAGGAAGCUCUUGCCUCCCUUCAAGCCCCAGGUGACGUCGGAGACGGACACGCGCUACUUUGACGAUGAGUUCACGGCACAGACCAUCACCGUAACGCCCCCGGACAAGUACCACAGCUUAGACGCAGAAGACCAGGACCAGCGCACACACUUCCCUCAGUUCUCUUACUCCGCCAGCAUACGGGACUGACCUCUCUCGCACACACUUCCCUCAGUUCUCUUACUCCGCCAGCAUACGGGACUGACCUCUCUCGCACACACUUCCCUCAGUUCUCUUACUCCGCCACCAGCAUACGGGACUGACCUCACACACUCACAUGAGCAGGCAAGCUACCACAUGUUCAUACACUAGCACUGCUGGGGAAAUGGGUGUGCGCGUGCACACAAACUCACACACUCAAACAAACACUUGCACAAGACACACACACACACACACACACCAGGAAGUGGUGAAAACAUGGAUCCUAGAGCAUGACGUGAUGACUGACCUCAGCAGGCCUGUGUGGUUAGACUGGCGGCCCUGUCUCUCAUUCUGACGGGACCAGGUGGAACAGGACAGGGCUGCCCUUGGCCAUGCCUGCAGGACCCCACCUGUCUGCCCUCCACACUACUACUACACUGGGCACAUCAAAACAUCGACAACACUUUACCAUCCCUGGGUUAUGCCAGCAAAUACCACUCCACCACCAGCCAAACGCAUGCGGCACCUAUCCAACACACACAAACACUCUGACAAGCAACACAUCAAUCCUUCCAUACACCGCAGAUGAUUUUGUUUUUUUUACUACUGGAUAAAAAAAUAAUCAUAAUAAUCCAAACAAAUGUAGAAACACAUGAAAGAAGAAGAAAAAUAUUUCAACACGUUUUUAUUUUGAUUGUUACGGUUUUAAAAGCCAUAUUUCUGCAAUUUACAAGUGCUCUUGCUGAAACUUGCUGUUACAAGUCGUGUGGACUGUUCCUACAGAGGGAAAGUGGGUUGGAAGUGGGAGAGGGGUAAGAAGAAGUGUGUACCUUGAAGAGUAGCCAUUUCCCUGCUUGCACUGUGUAUAGGAAUGGGUUUGAGUGUGUUGAAGAGAAUGUAUGAACAACCAUUUGAAUUUCAACAUCAGUUUUAUGUUUAUGCAUCUGCAUGGAUAUCUUUGGAUUCUGCAUGUCGGCUAAACAGGGAGAAGAAAGGACAGCACAGUCGAUGAGACUUUUAAAGGGGAAAAGAGAGGUGGUGGAGUUGUAGCUUCAGCAGCCCUGUGGAUUGACUUGUUCCCCUGGUGGUUAGAAUGGUCAUGAGAAAAGAAAGAAUAGAAGAGUGACCACAGCGUCAGCCUGACCAAUCCCCUGUCCGGAGCCCAGUCCAGAUCCCCACAGGCAUUCACAUUUUUCCAGUAGCUGUCACUCCCUCUGAGCAGAAAUAUCCUGGAGAAUAGCUGUCAAUCAUUUUUUCUAAUCAUCUGUUCACUUUUUAUUUUGAUUUAAAGAUCUGUUGUUUUUUUAAAUAAUUGGAAUGUUUCCAUAUUUAAGGAUGAAAACGUUAUAAUCAUGGAUCAAUUAUUAUUUGUGAUGAGGCCAAGCUGGACUCAUCACGAGGUUGAUAUUGAAGGUUGUGGUUUGUAUUUUUAAAGUAAUAUAAGACACAGACCAAGUCAUUUGUCAGUAUGCUGGAGUAGGACCAUGUAAACAAGGGUUGGGGUCAAUGUAGGAAGUCAACGGCGUUAGUCAUGGACUGAAAUGGAAUUGACUCCAAUUCUGGUGUGAUGCUGUAUAUAAUGAUGAGAUGGUCUUGUCUCUGCUCAAACAAAGGGAGUCGUCCCAAAGGUGGGAGGGUAGUCAAUCUGCUUAUCGCUGUAUUCUCUCGUAGACAGAUUUUGACGGGAGCGGAACCCUCACAUGAUGCACCAGUCUUGAAUGCGUGCCUACUCCCCGUAAGGCAUAUAGAGAAGUGGUCACAGGUGAAACAACCAUUGUGGGCUCCAGCUAAGUGCUGUGACAUUUCAUUUAUGCCUUAAAAAAAAGAUUCCUUCACUCAUGGAACAUUUCAUUUAUCUUUGUUCUUGAUAUAAGUUGUUCCCCUUUGGUCCACCUAUUCCAAAACUUUGGAAGACAUUGUCUCAAUUAUAUGUUAUUUUAAAUGUGUUUGUGUGUAUAAAACAAGUUUAAACAUGUUGAUAUUUCUUUAGGUUGUUCAUUUCGAUCAUUCAUGUGUUCCUUUGUGUGUGUACUCAUGCACAGCAGCAGGUUGAUGUGGGGCAUUGUAGAACAGCUCUCGAGUCUGCUCUGUACCUGUAUCCUCCGUACCUCAGUGGGUUAGUAUAGUCUGACUGCUGUACUCCACGGCUGAGGCUAUGGGAAACAUCCCUCCACCAUCCCUUUUUGACUAAGGCCCAUAUUCAGCCCUGGUAAAUGCAGCUUCAGAAACGGCAGGACCGGAUUUCAGGAACAACCUCCCUCUGAUGGACCUCUCAUGUCGUCUUCAAUGUUAGGAUGGCCACGGGGGGGUGUUGUGGACCUUUUGUAAUGUUGACACUGGCAGUAAAGCCACACGUCUCUGAACCUUGUUGCUCUCUGUCUCAAUAAAUUGAACGUGCUUUGUCUAGUAGUGUGUACACCUAACAUGCAAGCCAACACCCCUGACCUCUCUUGUAGGCUUUACACACAGACAAUCGAUAUGGAACUCUUCAGUGGCAAUGUAAAUACCAAAAAGGUUUGAUGAAUGCAUCAUUUAUAGGCUAGAAGAGGGGGAAAUCCACAGCUUUGUAGAUAGAAUGUGAGUUGUAGCUUUACAAUGAUUACCUUGCUUCUCUGUAUUUUGAAUGUGAUCAAUAGUCACGAAUGUCAUAUCGCAAUGCUGGUGUACCAAUAAUUCUUAGCUUGUUUUUGAGUUGAGGUUUACCUGGGGAGGAGCUAUGUUUUUAGGGAGAAGAUGAUGUCCUGGUAGACAGCUUCAGCUCCCUUGUUACAAGAUUUUACAUUAUGACAAUUAUGUGCCAGUAAAGACUUUUACUGAA